AGUCACUUCAGAACUGCACAUAUUUCUACACACAGUUAUGAUGAAUGUGCUUUAUGCUUCCUUUGUGAAAUACUGAAAACUACAGAGGAACAUUUAAUUCUGAUCAGGCAGUGAAAAUAUGGAAAUACCAGCCAUAAAUCUCAAGGCCAUUGUGUUGGUUCACUGGAUACUGACAGUUUGGGCAUGCUUACUUUCCUGGCUUCCAGCUUCCUAUGUGUUGGGGAACUUCAGUGUUCUUGCAGUGGGAGUGUGGGCCAUAGCACAGAGAGACUCCAUAGAUGCUGUUUUAUUGUUCUUGAUUGGACUGGCAGUGACCAUCUUGACUGAUAUUGUUCAUUUCGGGAUCUACUAUGCAGCAGCUGAACUCCUGUAUGAGAGAUCCACACGUGACCUGUUCCGCUUUAGUGGAGGCAUGGCCAUCCUGAGCCUCUUGCUCAAACCUGUUUCCUGCUUCUUUGUCUACCAGAUGUACCGUGAGCGAGGAGGCGAAUACAACGUCAAUUUUGGUUUCCCAUCAAUAACUCGAAACAGAGAUGCCUACCAGUCUAUUGACCACAGCGAUCAGUCUGGGAGCUCUUCCAACCCCUUUGGCCAAGCGGAAGAUGGCAAAUCUGGCACUCGUUCCUACUAAACAAUAAUUAAAAAAUAUAUAUAUUAACAUUUUUGCAACCAGGCCUAAAUUUGAAUUUUUGCUUGGUUCAUGAAAUGUGUUUGUUUUUGUUUAAGUUGUAUGCCUAUUUAUAGUUAUUAUUAAUAGUAUAUAUAAUGUUCCAGAAGCAUGAAGGAAAACAACUUUACAUUUGGUUCUGCAAACAUCAAGAUUUCUCGUUACUGUAAUUCAGAGGUAAAUGAAAACCCACCUUCAACACCUUUUUUUUUCAACCUGAGGACUGCUUCAUACAAGUGCA